GCUAGUCAGGCCUACUCUGGGAGCAGCCAUUUUUCAUUAAAGUCUUACUGCUGGCCAAGGAUACGACAACAAAGCUUGGCUCCGACAACGAGAAUAUCAUGGAUUGAAAACUGCAAUUAUUCUUCCCCUGGAAACUCAUGGAUUGAAGCACUACAGUGGCUCUGUCACUGGGAACUCUGCACAGUUGAGAGAGCAGGGGCCACCCAGGAUGCAAGGGCGGCGUAAGAGCUUUGAGUGGGAGGCAGCGGCAGGUGACUCGAGCAGCAUAGGCAAGGACUCCCUGUCAUGGAGCGACGACGACGUGAGCUCAGCAGCAACCCCCGGCAAGCUGGAGGAGGCUUCUGGCAGAAGGGUCUCUUCACCGAGCCCCCUCCCACCCCAUCAGGCCGAGAGUGCUGGAGAGGCGAGGUCAUUAAAGCAGCGCAUGCGAUCUCUCCUCCCCAAGAGGGUGAGUAGCAUCUUUGAGAGAUGGUCGAAGGAGGAGGAGGGGGGCGGUGAUGGCAACUGCGGCGGCACUGAUGCUAAUGAGGAUGAUUACCCCUUCAGACACGGGGGAAUAAAGAUCCUGCCGAAUGGCACCAGGGUAAGCCCGCCCGUGACGCCUUACGUGGAGAGGCGCUGGGGGGACGCGGGGGGCGACUCGCUCAGAUCCAGCAGCAAGGGCUCUCAGAAACCCUUGAUAGCCGGCAGCCCUCUAGACAACAACAGGGCUUACGAUGCUCUGGAGGGCUCCGAGCUGACGAGCCUCCACCCGGCCGAGUACUACGCCGAGAAGCUGGAGGUGUACAAGAUGAAAUACUCGUAUCUGAAGUCGUGGCCCGGCCUGCUGAGGCUCCUGGCAGGCCUGGAGCUGCUCUUCGGGGGCAUGGUCUUGGCCUGUGUCUGCGCCUACAUCCAGAAGGACAGGGAGUGGUCGAACCUCUACACCCCAACUUACAUGCACAGCAGCUUCACGGGCACGGGCUCCUACUACAACGGGCCCAUGACGCCCUUCGUGAUGGCGGUGGUGGGGGUGGCGUGGAUAGUGACCAUCGUACUGCUGGUGCUGGGCAUGACCAUGUACUACCGCACCAUCCUGCUGGACUCCCCCUGGUGGCCACUCUCAGAGGGCCUCAUCAACGUGGCCCUGUUCCUGCUCUACAUGGCCGCCGGCAUAGUCUACAUCAACGACCUGAACCGCGGCGGGCUGUGCUACAUGCAGGUGGGGGUCAACCCCCUGCUGGCCAGCCUGUGCCGCGUGGACGGUGGGCAGAUGGCGGGCACGGCGUUCCUGUUCAUCAACAUGCUGAUGUACUUCCUCAGCUUCCUGGUGUGCCUGAAGAUGUGGCGGCACGAGGCCACGCGCAGGGCCCGGGAGGCUCUGGGCAGCACGACACAGAUACCUCACGGUGUCGACAUCGAUGUCGCUAGCAAGCCCAAGUCCAAGAGGAUAGCGUUCCAGGAUGAGACGGACCACCACCAUGACAGGAGGCCUCUGGAGAGCCACGUCCCUUUGGCAGCUGCAGCCCAGGUACCCGAGCCCCUGUGCGGAGCCAUUCCCAGUGGAUACGUCCCAAAGCCUCGGGUCAUUCCAGAUUACGUUAUGAAGUAUCCAGACAUCACUACGAUAGAGGACAGAGAACAGUAUAAAGCGGUGUUCAAUGAUCAGUACCAGGAAUACAAAGAGCUCCACAAAGACAUCAGCGCCAUGCUCGCAAAGUUCAGACAGCUGGAUGCCAUGAUGAGCAAGUUGCUAAGAGAUGUCAACACAGCGGAGAAUCAGCGGCGAGUUGCUGACAUGCAGAGACAAUAUCAAAAAAAGAAAAAUGAUGCCUCAUUUCUGGAAAAGAAGGAGCGUUGUGACUAUCUAAAAGCCAAGCUCAGCCACAUCAAGAGCAGGAUCAGGAACUUUGAUGAACAAAUGCCUGACGACUACAAGACAUGUUUACAUGUGAGUGGAUACAAUGACAGGUGCUCGGAGGUGUUUUUGGAGCAUUCACAAUUACACCAGUAUGAAGACGGAUACUUAAAGCCACACAGGUUCUUCAGGUCUCCAUGUACAUGCAUCAUGUAUGACCCAAGGCAUUACGACCGGCCUCCUGUAUACAGCCCACACUUCACCGCUGCCUCGGAUGGAUAUUACACAUCCAGAAGUGUGCACUCCUCCCCACACUACAGCCACCACUACACCACCGCACAGCCCGAGCCCCUGUACACGGACGGAAUUCCACAGCAUUUCUACAGGUGGUUCUCACCCCCGGGGAUAGUGAAAAUGAUGCAGGGGACCUGCGUACUUCUCUGCUUUGUUAUUUUUGCCUGCGUUGCCUCCACUCUAGUGUGGGACAUGCACGGCCUGGAGGCCAACGUGGGCGGCUACAUGGCAGGCGGGGGGUUCGGCUACGGCAGUGGGGUCGGGGUCGGCACCGGCUCCGGCUACUACGGAGGGACCUACGGGUACCACAGCUCCUACAUGACCCCUUACUCCGCAAAGAGCGCCAUGAUCUCCGUGGCUGCCAUCAACUUCAUCAUAGCCUUGAUAUUCCUGGUGGCCAGCUUCUCCAAGACCCGCACCGUGCACGGCCGCAGGUUCUACCUGACCGUGUUGGUGGUGGACGUGUCCCUUGCCAUCCUGCAGUGCAUAAUCAACAUCAUCUUUGUCAUCGGGGUCAACCCGAUGGCCCAGAGCUCUCAGAGCGUGCUGUACAACCCUAUACUGAUGAUGUGCCAGUCCCCACCGAGCACUAGCAUCAGUGGAGGUGCGGGGUCAGGAUUUCCUGGGGCGUAUCCCAUGUUAAACCAGUAUCUGCACCAUUACUGUUACAUGGACCCAGAGGAGGCUGUAGCACUGGUCUGUGGUUUGCUGGUCAUGGUGGCCCUUAUUACGGCUUCCUACUUCUCCUAUAAAACCCGCAGUAAGAUCUGGCGUCAUGGCAAAGCCAACAUCAUUUGGGAGGAGCUGUUCCGUGGCCCUGAGGGGAGAGAGGCGUCAGUUGACUGGCUGACCAGUUUGGGAAGCACUCUCCUGCCCUCGGCGGUAGUGGCGUCGGACAAGUCCACACCUGAUGUGAAGACAGAGGCCAGUGUGGUGUCAUACCCGGAGCGGACCGUCAGCGUUGUCAGUGGAAACACUUACGAUACUGUUUACACUGAGAACAUCCUCAGCGCUCCACCUGAGCCCCUGUACCAGGACAACGGGCUCGGUGCCGACGCUGACGCCUUUGAAGUAGCGGAGGUCCAGUGGAGCCCAGACCCCCCCUCCAGGGCUCAGGGCCAGGCCUCAGCUGCCCCCGGGGCCCCAAAUGGGGCAGGAGGGUACUCCACCACAGGCAUGGGGAAAGGCCCCCAGCUGGUGGAUACAGACAAUCUGACUAGUAUGUACCCAGAAAUAACCUCGGAUGCACAGCGUCAACAGUAUAGACGGGAAUUCGAUUUGGAUCUGGCCGAGUACAAACGUUUGUGUGCAGAGAUGGACGACAUCAAUGACCAGAUGAACAAACUGAGCAGGGAGCUUGACACCCUCCAGGAGGGGUCCACCAAGUUCCAGGCAGUUGCAGAGGAAUACAAUCGACUCAAGGACCUAAAACGGGCCCCAGACUAUCAGUCUAUGAAGCAGCAGUGCAAGGAACUGAAGCAGAAAUUGUCGCACAUCAAGCGCCUGGUGAGGGAAUACGAUGAGGGCUAUUCUUAGACGUGGAAAUGUUUUCGUGCUCGGAGGGCCGUCCGGCGCAACGCUGGCCCAUGACAGCCGGCCUCCCGCAGAGAACCUGACACUCGGUAUGACCUUUGGCAGCCCAGCCAGUGACGAGGCCCCUUGCAGACCUCCCGCCCUCCCUCCAUGGGACACGGUGGCUACACGGGCGUCGGAUGGUGGUGGUGUCUGCUCUGUCUCUCACUCUUAUCUUUCCAGCUGUGUGUAAGUAUUAUCAGCCUAGCAUAAUGGUUUCUAAAAACUUUUUAGGUCAAUUUUAGGACUAUGGGCUUAUCUGGAUGCGUCUGACAGCCAGAGUAGCAGUUGACAGUAUUUUUUAGAGAUUUGUGACUGGACUAAAUAGAGAUGGAUGGAAUGGCACGACACUUCUGUAGAUAAGCAUUUUCCUCUUUUCAAAAUUUUUUCUUAAAAAAAAACAGGCAGCGAUAAAGAAGUCAUGAAUUUAUUCACAUAUAUGUAUAUUUUGGAAAUUACACACAGGUCCUCUUGUAUCCUAAGUAUUCCUGUUCACUGUUAUGGUAUAUUAAUAAAAAAUUGUGAAUCAUGAGCAAUUAUACAUCAUAAAAAUGAUUUGUGUUCUUGACAACAAACAGAUGUUUUGAAUUUAAAUUUUGAUUUUAAAUGGCGAGUAAUGUAGUGUGUGUGUCUUUGUAGGUUGGGUUUAUCGUAAUUAAAGGCCAUUUUAUAAUGAGGUAAUUCUGAAUCAUAUUCAGGGUGUUUAAGGCAGACAUAAACAGGUAUGCCAUGGCUAUCUUGAAAAUGGCUGAACGUUUAGUAGUACACAAAGGGGAACAAGGAAACGGCAUGUUCUCAGUGCCAGAGCGUUAA